AUGCAGACUCUGAGUCGGAGAGAAGAGUGCAGUAGGGGAUUUGCGGAUCGCGAGGAUGGCAAGCGAAAAAAAGAGAAACAGAAACACAGAAUAACGCGGGGAAUAGAACACAGAGAAAUGGGGAGAGAAGGCAGAACAGAGGAACAGGGGAAGAGGAAAACGCAGCAAACAGGGAGACAGGGAAGCAGAGAGAGAGAGAGAGAGAGAGAGAGAGAGAGAGAGAGAGAGAGAGAGAGAGAGAGAGAGAGAGAGAGAGAGAGAGAGAGAGAGAGAGACAGGGAAGCAGAGAGAGAGAGAGAGAGAGAGAGAGAGAGAGAGAGAGAGAGAGAGACAGGGAAGCAGAGAGAGAGAGAGAGAGAGAGAGAGAGAGAGAGAGAGAGAGAGAGAGAGAGAGAGAGAGAGACAGGGAAGCAGAGAGAGAGAGAGAGAGAGAGAGAGAGAGAGAGAGAGAGAGAGAGAGAGAGAGAGAGAGAGAGAGAGAGAGAGAGAGAGAGAGAGAGAGAGAGAGAGAGAGAGAGAGAGAGAGAGAGAGAGAGAGAGAGAGAGAGAGAGACAGGGAAGCAGAGAGAGAGAGAGAGAGAGAGAGAGAGAGAGAGAGAGAGAGAGAAGAGAGAGAGGAGAGAGAGAGAGAGAGAGAAGGAAGCAGAGAGAGAGAGAGAGAGAGAGAGAGAGAGAGAGAGAGAGAGAGAGAGAGAGAGAGAGAGACAGGAAGCAGAGAGAGAGAGAGAGAGAGAGAGAGAGAGAGAGAGAGAGAGAGAGAGAGAGAGAGAGAGAGAGAGAGAGAGAGAGAGAGAGAGAGAGAGAGAGAGAGAGAGAGAGAGAGAGAGAGAGAGACAGGGAAGCAGAGAGAGAGAGAGAGAGAGAGAGAGAGAGAGAGAGAGAGAGAGAGAGAGAGAGAGAGAGAGAGAGAGAGAGAGAGAGAGAGACGGAAGCAGAGAGAGAGAGAGAGAGAGAGAGAGAGAGAGAGAGAGAGAGAGAGAGAGAGAGAGAGAGAGAGAGAGAGAGAGAGAGAGAGAGAGAGAGAGAGAGAAAGCACGGAAGCAGGAAGAGAUGGGAGCACAGGAGUGA